GAGGGCCCAAGGUCUGACUGUCAGGGGUGCAGGGACUUAUGAGUCGCUGGAGCGAGUCGGGUCUCCCAAGGGCUGGGGCUGCGAUGGUCUCUGUAGUCUCCGACCCUGAAAGCAGCCCCACGUGAAGGUCUCCGGCCCUGUGUCUUCCCCGAUGCGAGUAGCCAGGCUGUGUGAUCAGAGCCACAGAAUGUCAGUAGUUCGUUCAUCUGUGCAUGCCAAAUGGGUCGUGGGGAAGGUAAUUGGUACAGCAAUGCAAAAAACUGCUAAAGUGAGAGUGACCAGACUUGUUCUGGAUCCCUACUUACUAAAGUAUUUUAAUAAGCGAAAAACCUACUUUGCUCAUGAUGCCCUUCAGCAGUGCACUGUUGGGGAUAUUGUACUUCUCAAAGCUUUACCAGUUCCACGAACAAAGCAUGUGAAACAUGAGCUGGCCGAGAUCAUCUUCAAGGUGGGCAGAGUCAUAGAUCCAGUAACAGGAAAGCUCUGUGCAGGAACCACCUACCUGGAGAGUCCGCUCAGUUCGGAAACCACUGAGCUCAGCAAAACUCUGGAAGAACUCAACAUUGUUUCCACACAGUGAAGCCUGGAAGAAGGAGACAAGGGAAAGAUUUCUAGUUUUGUUACAAACUGUCAAAUUCUCUCAUAGCAUUUAUGAAACAGUAAAGGACUUGUUACAAUUUUUCAUAAA